UGCCGCGGUAAUCGCACGACCAGUAGGCGGGGCGCCAUGUGACGUCACCGUCCAGCCACCCACCCGCCAGCCAAGCAAUCUACACCGUCGACCCUCCACCGCCACCGCAACAUGGGCACUGCACCGAUCUCAGACCGGCGACCGCCGACCGCGACCGCUGUAGCGCGCGCAAAAACAGUCCGUACUCGUAAGACCGUAACUGUGUCGGCGGCGCUUCCCCCGUUUCGGCUUUUGUUGUCCGCCUGAUUUCCCGCCAUCCUCUAAAAAAUAUCAUCGUCUUUCGUGCGACCGUGUGUGUUUCACUGUGUUCCUGCCAUCAACGUUUUGUUUUCCUUCGUUCAUACUUCAUAUAAUUCAUUGCUCAUGUCCGUUUACGCUAGCGAUGUUCGCGUACGAUAAUUAAAUAGCAAUAACAGCAUCGACGAUCCAUAUUCCGACCGUGUUCGGUGUGCACCGCGUCGUCAUCACCGCUACCGGUCCGUAUAUUAUAUUAAAUUUCGUCGUGGAUCGGUGUAACAAUAACGCACUAAUUAAAUUCAGUGUUGAUUCGCAUAACGUCGUUAUAUUUGAGCACUUAUUAAUCGACCCGCAAUAGUUAGUUAUGUGCUCGUCUUCGGACCCGUAAUAGGUAACUGGUCGACACGAGCACUCUCCACUCUACGACGGCAGUGACAGUAGGCCUGCAUCGUUAUGGGUGUACCCGUGGGAACAAACGUCCUGGACGAAGACAUCUACAACAGCAAGUUCUUGGACCUGUGCAAAGGCCUAAAUUUGGACAAGAACGCCGCCAGUCGUGCGUGGGAGACUUAUCUGGCUGUCAAGGAGAACUAUUCUUUGGAUGGUGAUCCAAGUCAUUGGUUGGCCUGCGCUAUAUAUGUGGCAUGUCGUAAUGUCACUGAACAUACAGUUGGAGACAGUGAAACAUUGAUUGAGGGCAAUUUGGUUAGCUUAACACGACUUCUCCGUUUGUGCAAUAUUAGCCUCAUACACUUUAUUGGUAAAAGCAAAAAAUGGGCAGAUAUGAUCAAUAUGCCACCAGAGUUGCGUCGCAAAAUAGAUAAAUUGGAAAAAAACUUUGCUGUUUCAAUGGUUAUAUUUAAAAAAUUCCAACCAAUCUUUGCAGCUAUGUUUAACAACGCCAAAGACGAACAAACAAAAACUCGUUGUUCUAAAAAGCAAAAAGUGACAUGUUCAGCAUCUAAACUUUUUGAGUUUUGUUGGACAUUGUUUGUUGUUGCUAAAUCUGAAUUCCCAGAUUUGAGUGAAAAUUUGGUUAAUUCAUAUCAUUUAUUAUUAGCUUGUUGUGAUUAUGUGUACACGAAUAUUCUUAUAGCUGAUUUAAGAGACUUAUUGAAUAAAUCCUUUGGAGGUCUACCCCAUGAUUUUGAAUCUACUUCUUAUGUUUUACGUUCGAAGCCUAUUUGCAUAAUUGAUUAUUUAUGUCAACAAUAUGAUGGUAUAACUACUGAUGCAAAGGUGAUUAAAGAGUACUUUUGGAAGACGAAUCUAAAAAAAUUAAUUGAAAGAAAAGUAUUAAAAGGAGAUUCUGAAUUGAAUUUACUUUUAGAUGUUGUUAAUUUUGAUUUCAAUUAUAAGGCAAUCAAUAAACGUUAUGAACAGUAUGUCUUGAGUGUUGGAGAAUUUGAUGAACGAAUAUUCCUGUCUGAAAAUGCUAAUAUUGAAAUUGGAGCAUCAAAUGAAUGUACGACAGAAGAUUUGGCUAAAGAAAUGAAAAACAAAAAAAACAAUUUAUUUAAUCAACAAACACCACUUACGGGACGAAAUCAUUUAAAACCAAAAAUCGACUUAUCUGAUGAAAGUACACCUGUGAAAAAUGCUUCUGAAAUGGUAUUCAAGAUACAAUCUAUUUUAGCAGAUUGCUCACCUUAUCCAUCUGAAAAAUUAUAUACAUUGCUAAAGUCAUGUUCAGCAACUUUACAAAGCGAAAUUGAAAAUCUAAUUAAUAUGUUAGGCAUUAAAUUCUGUUCACAAUAUUGUCAGGUCGAUCAUAAUUCUGCAUUACAUAAUGAUUUUGCUGAAAAAAGAUUGGUUAUGGCAAAGACAUGGUUUUACAAGUUGUUUGAAAAUAUUAUUGCAAAAGAAGCAAAAAAUCCUAAAUAUGACAUUAAAAAUUUAAUUUGUCAUGCUGUAUUUCAUGAGACUCUUUUUGCAUGCUGCUUAGAAAUGGUAAUCUUUGCCUAUAAUUCACAACGUGCAUUUCCAUGGGUACUUAAUGCUCUUCAAAUCCACCCUUACCAUUUCUAUAAAGUUAUUGAAGUAAUUGUCCGCGUUGAAGAUAAAUUACCUCGAGAUAUGAUCAAACAUUUGAAUAGAGUUGAGGAACAAGUUUUGGAUAGUUUAUCAUGGCAGUCUGAAAGUCCAUUAUGGGAUUUAAUUAAUAGAAACAAUAAAUUGAUUCCACACUAUGAUGAAAUUGCUUUGGUUUCUGUAGCUGGAGGGGCAGCACCAGUAUCCAAUUUGAAUCACAAGAUUGAAAAUAAUCGUUUUGCACAUAAAGAUAGCCCAGUUUCUGAUAGAUUUAUUUCUCCGGCACCUGGUCAACCAAAUAUUAAAAUGGGCAAACAAAUUGCUGUGAAUGAAAACAGACAAUACUUUUCAGUUACAUCAAAGAAUAAUGGUGUUUCAUUACCUACUGUAACUGGUCCAUUAAAAAAAAUUGGUACUUUAGGAUUAUUUUUCAGAAAGUUUUAUAAUUUGGCUUCAGUACGCAUGCAAGAUUUGUGCUAUCAAUUGAGUAUAAAUGAUGAAGAUUUAAUGCGUAAAAUUUGGACGUGUUUUGAACAUGUUAUAAUUGAGCAUACAGAUAUGAUGCGCGAUAGACAUUUAGAUCAGAUAUUGAUGUGUACCAUUUACAUUAUUUGUCGAGUGGUCAACUUAAAUUUGUCUUUUCAAGCAAUUAUGAAAUGUUACCGAACUCAACCACAGUCUGCUUCACAUAUAUACAGAAGUGUUUUAAUUACUUCUCGUAAUCCUAGUCAAGAACAUACAGAAAAUGAAGGAGCACGGCGAGAUACUGAACAACGUAUUGAUCUUAUUAAAUUUUAUAACACUAUAUUUGUUCAAAUAGUUCGAGAUAAUGCUUUAAAAUAUUCUACCAACAGUAGUAAUGAUAAUCUUACUCUAUCUCCUUUACCUGCUACUAAGACUCAAUUGCAAUCACCAACUACACGACGAGUCAAUGAUCGACUACCAAUAUUUAUACGUAAGUUGGAAGCCCAAGCUAGUCCAAUUAAAUCACCAAUCAGGCCAUUGAGUUACUGUAUAAAUCAGAGUCCUAAAAAAGAUUUAGAAAAUAUAAAUAUGAUAACUAUGCGAGCGAUUGCUAAGAAAAGAAAUAUCACUGAUGGACACCAUGAUGGGCCAAUUGCAAAACAAAAAACUCCUUCUCCUCCUGUAAUAACGAAACGAUUACAGGGUCUAUUAGAAGAAAGAAUGGAACAUAAUACUGAUAAGUAAUAUAUUGAAUAUAUUAUGUUCAUCUUCAAUUUUCUAUCUUGUGAAUUUUUACUUUUAGUGUUAAUUGAUAAAAUAAUUUAUUUAUUAUUAGAUAAAAAUCUGAAUCAGUUGAUAAAAACCAACAUUUUAAUCUUUAAAAGUGUGUGUCUGUAUUUUUUUUUGGUUUUGUAGUUUUAUACCACUUUAUAAAAAAAACCUAUUUUAUUUAUUUUAUUAGCAAAAUGUAUGUGUUUGUUUCAACUUAAAUUUCGGCAUAUUGGAUAAAUGUAUAGUUCAAAUUGGUUUUAAAUGCAGGGCACAACUUCAAUUCUAUGAUCAUAACAUUUUUGGCUGAGUAAUUAUACAUUUAAAGCAUUAAUUAUAUAAUCAUAUAAUUAAUUUAUAAGCUUAUAUAUUAGUAUUAAUUUAAUACAUAAUUUUUAUUUUGAAAACAUCUCAAUUUUUCAUUAAAAACAGGUUUGAUACUCUGGAUCUCAUUCUCAUUUUAUAUUUCUUGUUAUUUACAAUGUUUUUUUUAAAUCUUUAUUUUUCAUCCUUAACUACAAUCCUUAUUUGUAUUAGUUAAUUAAUUAAGAUAUGUUGAAUAAUAUUUUCCUAGAUAAUUUAUUUGAGGUUUUAUCCAAAUCGUGUUUUAAUUGUUUAAUUCUUAUUUAUCACUUUAUUGAUGAAUUGUCUUAACAUAAAUAAUAUUUUUUUAGUAUUUUUUUUUAUUUUGAAUUUUAUCUAUAACAAACACCUUUUUAUUAAAUGUUAACCUUAACAUUAAAAUGUAAUUAUAUAAUUAUUUAGUGUAUUAAAAUAUUAUAUUAUGAAUCAAUUUAAAUGUUUGUGGGGGUGUGAUUAGAACAAUGAUUAAAAUAUGAAAAAGUUAUGUAUUCGUAAGAAUUUAAAAUUAAAUGAUUUAAAUUAUGUUUCCAUCACUAAAAGCAUUUAUAUAAUAUGUAUUGAAUGAUACAAUAGUAUAAUUGUUUAGUUUUAAAUACAAAUACUAACUAUUCAUUUUAAUUAAUAACAACCAUUUAGUGUUUUGUAUCUUAAUUUAAAAAUUGAUAAUUAAGUAUCUAUAAUCUAUAUAUUUCUAUUUUAUUAUAAUCUUUAAAACAGAAUUAACCUAAAAUAUUCAUAUAUUUUGUACUAUUUAGUUCCAAGUAAUUUUUUAAUUACAUUUACUAUAUUAAAAAUAAUAAUUCUUUUUGAGCGUAUUUUAAAUUAACCUAACUUUUUUAUACAUUAUACAUUUUAUUUUUAAAACAUUAUGAUUAUACUAUUUUAAUUGUUCUUAGACAUUAAAAUUGAGAAAUUUAAAAAUGUAUGUUCUAACAUUGAACUUAACAAAAAUUACAAUUGAGUGACUAUAGUAAAAGCUUACUUUAGUAUUAAUAAUAUUUUUGUAUACAGAUAAAUUUUUAACAAUAAUUUCUGAUAUAAUAUGACAUUUAUUGUUUUGUUCCAUUAAAAAAAUAUAGCUUAGCCAAAUAAAUAAUUGUAUGUAUUUUCUUUAACAAUUGAACUAACCUUCCAAUUUAUCAAUUUUAAAUUUAAAAAUAUAUAACCUUGUUUCUUGGGGGAUUACUAUUUCUGACCUAAUCUUUUAUACAUUUUAUACAAUAUGGUAUAAAAAUAAAAAUUAACAUCAGAGUAUUGGUUUCACCUUUAUACAUGACCUGUCUAUUUUUAUUGUAUUUCUAUUGAUACAUUUUCAAAUUAUAUGGUCGAUUAAUAUUAAUAAUUUACAACAAAUUACAAAUAAUAUAAAUCUUUGUGAUAUGAUUAUACAUGUUGGGCUUAAAAUUACAAUAGUAUUUUAUAGUUAUUUUUCUCAUCAACUUAUUCAUAACAUUAUUUUAUUUAUUUUUAAAAAUUGUUGAUGACAUUGUUUAUAGAUGCACAUUGUACAAUUAUUUGCCUUCAGAGUUAUUUUCCAUUUGUUUAAUUAUUAGUUUUAGUUAAUCAUUAUUUAGCUAUGAUAUUAUGUUAUUCAACAUUGUCUCUAUUUCUAUUAAUUUAUUGAAAAUGCAAUAUAUCUAUAUUAUUUAAGUUAAGGUUGUUUUGAUUAUAUUAUAUCUGUAACAAUUAAAUAACAUUAAAUUAUAAUUCAUUACACAGGCUAUAUUUGUGUGUGUAUUGGACUUCGUUUAUGAAUGUGUGCUAAUAUAUUUUACAGAUUUACUGUUAAAA